CGUUCACUCUCUGGAGUCCCUAUCAAAAGGACGAGUGAAUCCUCUCUGCCUCCUCAGCUAAGGGAUUAGGAAAAUGGCCCACAUGGACACAGAAUACUAUGAUUAUGGCGAGCAUGAAAACAUCAGCUACAACUUCAGCUAUGAUGACUACCAAACCAUCUGUGAGAAGCAUGAUGUCCGCACAUUUGCAAAGAUCUUCAUAUCAGUCGCGUACGGGUUGUCUCUAGUAGUGGGUAUAGCUGGGAAUGCCCUGGUAGUGGCUGUGUAUACUUGCAGCAAGCGCCUGAAGACGCUCACAGACACAUUUCUGAUUAACCUGGCUGUGGCUGAUCUACUAUUGCUCCUGACUCUGCCCUUCUGGAUGUCGGCUGCUGUGCAAGGUUGGGAGCUUGGGAAUGUUCUCUGCAAGCUGGUCACUGCCUUGUACACUAUCAAUUUCACCUGUGGCAUGCUGUUGCUAGCGUGCAUUAGCCUGGACCGAUAUUUGGCUCUAACACCAGGCCUGGGGGAAAGGGGCCUGCGGAAGGCUUUUAAGAAGAAGCACUCAGUAAAGCUUUGCUUAGUUGUAUGGACAAUUGCUUUGCUUUUAGGAAUUCCAGACUUGGUGCUUUCCACGGUCAAGGAAUUCUCUGAUAGGAAGAUGUGCAUUGCUGUUUAUACAACAGACAUGGCCUUCCAAGCUAAAGUCACUAUGGAAGUAUUAGAGAUAUUGCUUGGCUUUUUGGCGCCAUUGAUCGUCAUGUUGUAUUGUUAUGCCCAUGUGGCUCGGACUUUGCUGAAGCUGCCUCCAGAGAACAGGGAGAAGAAGUGGAAACCCAUCCAAGUCUUGCUGGCUGUGGUCCUGGCCUUCAUUCUUACGCAGCUGCCGUACAACGCUGUGAAGUUCUACCGGGUGCUGGACGUGACUCAUGUGCUGGUAACCCACUGUGGGGUCAGUAAAGCACUGGACCAGGCCACUCAGGUCACAGAGAGCCUAGCCCUGACCCACUGCUGCUUGAACCCAGUGCUCUAUGCCUUCAUUGGCACAUCCUUCAGACAGCACAUAAUGAAGUUUGCCAAGAGCUGUAGUAAGAAGAAGAGGUCGGGACAGCGGAGAGAGUAUCAAGGAGUGGAGAUGGCCUUCAAUACAAACUCAAACUCCCAAGAGAUAUGCUCCUUCUCCUUAUGACAUUUUACACUUAUGCGUGUUUCCACAACUUGGCUACCAUUUAUGUGCCACUGGUAUUACUUUCACAAAUGUAUAUAAAAAGUUAAAAGACAUUUUAACAUUUGUAAAGUUUCCUUCACAACAUCCUGUGUAUAUUUCAGAUAAUUAACUAAAAAAAAAUAAAAACCUAUUUAAAA